GGGGGGUUCGGGGCCUCUCGCCUCGCCGGGUCGCUCCUGGUCCGGCGGGGCCGCAGUGACCGAGCGCCGGUCGGAGCGGUGGGGCCACGUUGGCCGCCCCGGCCUUUGUUACCUGAGAAAACUGCGCUCUGCCCUCCCCCCCCCUACACCGCCAUAAUCACCGCCGUCUUCUCAAACCGCCCGGCCGCCCACAGGCCCCGCAGGAGCCGAGCGGCCCGUCCCGCCGCCGGCUCGGUGUUCCUGGGUCUGGGCUGCCGAGGGCCUCGCCGGUUACCGCCGUGUGCGUCUGGGCUCUCGAUACCGACAGAGACGUGCGGUCCAACCGCCCCGAUAAUCCCGGGUUACAGGAGAUAAGUCUUCCUGUUUGAAGUGGAUUUUGAACUAAAGAUGAAUUGGAAUGUUUUUUUCUGUUGUUUCCAGGACUUGUUGCGUGUUUGAAUGUUAUUGACGAUAGCUCGGCCGGGCGGUAUUUUUUAAUAUACCUUCCCCAAAGUUAUUUUGUUUAAUGUGCGAUGUUACAUCGGUAAGUUUAAGUAGUACGCACGGUGUGCCCCCGUCCGACAUUUUUCCUUCUGGCCUUAUCGACAGCGGGUAAGAGCCGGGAAGGGUGACUAGGGACGCGGUCUCCUUUGUCCGAGAAGCGGACAGCUGUGGCCUCGGGCGGCUGCAGGAACACAGACCAGGUGCCUGUAACCGGACUGCGUGUUGGAUUCGGGUUGAAAGGGCUUGAAAAAAGACUGAAAAUAAGUUUAGCCGGAGACUGGCUUGCCCGGGAGUCGCUCACGCCGCGGACACGGUGCCCCCGUGAGCAGCAGCCUGCAGGCCCGGCGCCUCCGGGGGGGACCGCCAUCUCCGCGCCGCCGGGCCCAGGAAGCGACUUCGGACAGGAGAGGAAGGGUACGAGGACCCCCACAAGACGCUGCCCUCUCCGGUGGUCCACGUCCGGGGGCUGGUGGAUGGGGUCAUGGAGGCCGACCUGGUGGAGGCGCUGCAGGAGUUCGGGCCCAUCAGCUACGUGGUGGUGAUGCCCAAGAAGCGCCAGGCGCUGGUGGAAUACGAGGACAUCAACGGCUCCUGCAACGCCGUGAACUACGCCUCCGACAACCAGAUCUACAUCGCAGGGCACCCCGCCUUCGUCAACUACUCCACCAGCCAGAAGAUCUCGCGGCCCGGGGACCCCGACGACUCUCGCAGCGUCAACAACGUGCUGCUGCUCACCAUCAUGAACCCCAUCUACCCCAUCACCACGGACGUGCUGUACACCAUCUGCAACCCCUGCGGGCCGGUCCAGAGGAUCGUCAUCUUCAGGAAGAACGGGGUCCAGGCCAUGGUGGAAUUCGACUCGGUCCAGAGCGCCCAGAGGGCGAAGGCGUCCCUCAACGGCGCCGAUAUCUACUCUGGCUGCUGCACUCUCAAGAUCGAGUAUGCCAAGCCGACGCGCCUCAAUGUGUUCAAGAACGACCAGGACACCUGGGACUACACCAACCCCAAUCUCAGCGGCCAAGAUAUGAACUCGAACCCCAACAAGAGGCAGAGGCAGCCCGCGCUGCUAGGAGAUCACCCUCCGGAGUACGGCGGCCCUCAGGGAGGCUAUCAUGGCCACUACCACGAUGACAGCUAUGGGCCCCCGCCCCCUCCUCACUAUGAGGGCCGGCGCAUGGGGCCACCGAUGGGCGGGCCACGGCGGGGGGGCCACAGCCAGCGGUACGGGGGGCCGCAGUACGGACACCCCCCUCCUCCUCCUCCCCCUCCCCCGGAGUACAGCCCGCACGCCGACUCUCCCGUCGUCAUGGUGUACGGCCUGGAGCCUUCCAAGAUGAACGCGGACCGGGUGUUCAACGUCUUCUGUCUCUAUGGCAACGUCGAGAGGGUAAAGUUCAUGAAGAGUAAGCCUGGAGCUGCCAUGGUAGAGAUGGGCGACUGCUACGCUGUGGACCGUGCCAUAACUCACCUCAACAACAACUUCCUGUUCGGACAGAAGCUCAACGUGUGCGUGUCCAAGCAGCAGGCCAUCAUGCCCGGCCAGUCCUACGAGUUGGAGGACGGCACCAGCAGCUUCAAGGACUUCCACGGCUCGCGGAACAACCGCUUUACUUCCCCGGAGCAGGCCGCCAAGAACCGCAUCCAGCACCCCAGCAACGUCCUGCACUUCUUCAACGCCCAGCCUGACGUCACCGUGGAGAUCUUCAACCAGAUCUGUGAGGAGUUGGGAGUCAAGAGCCCAUCUAACGUGAAGCUCUUUUCGGGAAAGAGUGGGGGCGCAGGCGAGCGCAGUUCGUCCGGCCUGCUAGAGUGGGAUUCCAUCAACGACGCCAUGGAGGCCCUGGCCAUGAUGAACCACUUCCAGAUGAAGAACCCCAAUGGUCCCUACCCCUACACCCUCAAGCUGUGCUUCUCCACUGCGCAGCACGCCAACUAGCUGCCCCUCACCGUCGCCGUGGAGACCACCUCCUCGCCCGCACCCUCACCUUCUCCUGUUCGCCUUGUCCCGGGAGCCACCCGGCUGCUCGUGUCCGUCUGUCGCGUUUGUCUUUGAGUUUUAACCGUGGAGCUCCGCUGUCGCAGAGGAAAGUAUUACAAUCGCACUAGGGAGUAACGCUGUUUUAGCGGUGACAGAGAUGUGCUUAUUUUGUACCAGUAUUUUUUUUAGUUUUUUCGCACAUGCUACGCUGUCUGUCCGAUCAGCACCACAGCUCCAUGAGAUGGAAAUUACCAAGUGUAAAAAGAGUGGAUUUCUUUUUUUUAUUUUGUGUUUUUUGUUUCCAAUCUCAAUAAAAAUUUAAACAGAA